AUGAGACGUACUAAACGUAAAGUUUCAUAUGUUGUAACACAUAGUAAAGACGAUCAUGGUCAUUUAUUAGGUAUAAAUUCUUUAGCAUUAGAUGCAACAACAAUCAAUGAAAGGACCGGGAAGCCGGAAGGAAUCUUGUAUACAGCUGGCCGUGAUGGUGUUAUUAAUUCUUGGGAUUUAAAUUUUCCUUUUAAACAAAAAAGCAAAAUUUACGUCAACGGAGAAUCAUUCUCACAUCUUGAUGGUGGUGGUGAUAAUGAAAUUUUUGUAGAUGAAGAAGAUUUCGCAAAACAACCUUCACCAAAAUCAACUUUUCGUCAAUCAUUUAAAGGUCAUACAAAUUGGGUGAAUGAUAUAGUAUUAUGUCAUAAUAAUGAAACAUUAAUAUCCGCUUCAUCUGAUAGAACUUUGAAACUUUGGCAUCCUCAUAAAUCAUCAAAUCCAAUUACAAUAGGUUAUCAUACAGAUUAUAUUAAAUCAUUAGCGUAUGCUUCUGGACCUGGAUGGGUUGCAAGUGGUGGUUUUGAUAGAAAAAUUGAUUUAUGGGAUAUAAGGGAGUGCAGGCCAGCAAGUUCUGGAAUAACUUGUAUAAAUUUUGAGAAUUCACCAAAAUGUUCAAUUUACGCACUUGCAUGUAAUCCAUCUGGAUCAAUUCUUGCAUCAGGAUCCCCUGAAAAGAUUGUUCGAUUAUGGGAUCCAAGAUCUGGAAAAGGAAUCACCAAGUUCACUGGUCAUACUGACAAUGUUAGAACUGUUUUGGUUAGCGAUGAUGGAGAGUUAGUGAGUUAUUGUUUGGAUACUACUAUAAAGUUAUGGUCAUUAACUGCCCAACGUUGUUUAUAUACAUUUGACAUUCAUUCGGAUUCUGUUUGGUCAUUAUACUCUGAUCAUCCAAGACUAAGAACUUUUUAUGCCGGAAGUAAAGAUGGACUGGUGACAAAAAUUGAUCAUAGUGGCAGUGCUGAAAUUAGGGAUGGUGAUUGUGUAGCUAUUUGUAAAGAAUCACAUGGAGUUAUGAAGCUUGUAGCUCUUGAUAAUAAAUAUAUUUGGACCGCAACUUAUGAUUCUAGUAUUAAACGUUGGGAAGAUGUGAAAAUAAAUCGUGGUAGUAAAAAUUCUAUCGUUAAAAUUGCACCUUCAAGUGCUUCAUUUGGAGUAUUAGCGCCACCAGACUCUGAAGUUUCUACAUUAUACUCUGUAAAUGAUGAUGCUUUGUUUGAUAAUAUGAACAUUGAAGACGCAAUUCCAAUUAGAGAUACCCCUGAUCAUAUAAUAGAAGGACAACAUGGAUUAGUUAAACAUGUUAUAUUAAAUAACAGAAGACAUGUUCUGACACAAGAUAAUUCUGAAGAAGUUGCAUUAUGGGAUAUUAUUAAGUGUGUUAGAGUAAAUAAUUUUGGAAAACGUCGUGAUAUUAAAGAAGUCGCACAAGAAAUCAAUACUAUUGAAUCUAUAUCAAAUUGGUGUUCGAUAGAUACUUAUAUAGGGGCAUUAACUGUGAAUUUAGACGAAACGAAUUGUUUUGAUGCAGAAAUGUAUGCUGAUGAAGCUGGAUUACCCGAGGAUGUAGAAAUUCGUGAAGAUCAAAGACUAAAUCUUGGUAAAUGGGUUUUAAAAAAUCUUUUUGCCAAAUUUACUGAAGCUGAAAUUAAAACUUAUGAAGAGACGCAAACUUAUAAGACAAUACUGCAACAACAACAGAAUCAAAGGCAACAACCUGGAGAUCAACAAAAAACCUCCUUAACCAUUUCAGGUCAAACAAAUGAAGCUACGUCAUUAUCAGUUCAUCAAACCCCAACUGCUCCAUUGGCUGCAAUUACUACUACCGGUCCAUUUAGUGCACCAGUGACAACUGGCACUCAACAACCGGAUUAUUUUUCCAAUUCACAUCAUAAUUCUCCUACCAGUCCAAAAACUGAAACUAGAGCUCUUACUCCACCACUCAGUUCCUCUUCCCCCUCUUCUAACACUGCCCCUGCCACCGCUACAGAAUCCAUUUUGGGAUCAAUGCUAACGACUCAAAUCAUACAACCUCCACCACCUGUCUUGAUUCCUUCUUCAACAACAAAUACCAGCGGAUCCUUUAUUGAUCGGUUCAUAAAACUUCCUAUUAAUAUGCGAAUACAAACUCAAGACGAAAACAAUCAAACUCUCGAAAGAAAUGAUGAUUUAAAUCUUAAUUCUCCAACUAAAACCACUUCUCAAAUAAAUCAAUUAAAGAGUUUAACAAGUUCAGUGACACAAGACUUUGCAAAAAGUAUUGAUUUUACAUUUCGUCAAAUGCAUCAUAUUAUACAACCACCUUUUGCAGAAUUCCCCACAAAUGAAAUACCUCAAAUUGAAAUACCAUCUCAUACCACUGUGAUUAUAUCAGAGGAUUCGCCUGAAGCUUCAACAAAUGUCGAUUUAUAUCGUGGAACAAUCGCGUCAAUGUCAAAUGAUGCAGAAAUGAUUGAACAGAAAGCUCCCAUUUGGCUUUUGGAAUUUUUAAUAAAAAACAAAACACCGCCAAAAGAUUCAGUAAAAGUUAGUUUUGUUCUUAAACCUCAUGAAGACUCUUCACUGGAUGAAUUACCUAAUGGCAAUUCACGAUUAUCAGCCAAUCGUAUGCUUCGGGUUCGUAAAAUAUUAGCAUAUAUUGUGGAUAAACUUGUACUUGCUCAACCAGAUAAUAGUAUUAUUGCUGAUCAAUUAUCACCAACAAGAAGAUCAUUUUCAAAAUCAGACAAUGAUGAUAAUAAAGAAUCAGACGAACACAAAAAAAUUUCUCUUAAACCGGAGACAUGGUUGGAAUUGUUAUGUCAAGACCAAGUUUUGCCACCUACGAUGACACUUGCAACUAUAAAAACGCAUGUAUGGAAACUUCCAGGGGAUCUAACGAUGACAUAUAGGUAA